GCGAGCACGCAUGAGUGCGAGCGCGAUCUCGAAAAGAAAGAAAUGACAUCGCAGGCAAAAGAAGCUCAACGUACUCGCCGAUCGGACAUGCCGACCACGGUGCCUUCACACCCUGGCCUGGAAGAGGAGCACGCCUUAAAUACUGGACAGCGCCGAUACCGCCCUCUGGUGCUCGUACUGCUGCUGCCCAUCUAUCUCUCUCCGUUGCUGCUCCAGGAAUCGCAGGCGUGGAAGAGCGUGUACUGCAUGGCGCUGACGCUGUCGCUGCUGCUGAGCAACGAGUUCCCGAGCAUGGCGGCCGCUCUCCUUCCCCUCGUGCUGGCGCCGCUGCUGGGACUCGCGGACGCCCAGAUGCUCGCCCCGCACUACAUGGACGGCACCGUGCUGAGCCUGGCGUGCGCCCAGUGCCUGGUGGGCGUUCUGGCCAGCGGCAGCAACCUCGUGGCGCGCUUCUCGUGCGCCCUGCUCGGUGUGCUCGGCCUGCGGCUCCUGGGCGUGGGCAUCGUGGCCGCCUCGCUGGUCGCCGGCAGCGUGCUGCCCGCCUCGCACCCGGCGCUGCUGCUCGCCGUGCGGCUCGUCGAGCGCGUCGUCGGUGACCUCGAGGCCGACGCACUCGACGCGCAGCGCAGGGGCGACGGCUGGUUCGACUACGCUCACGCUGCGCCCAGGACGACGCGAGCUAUGAGUAACGACGACCUGUUCGCCCAGCUGGCCUCCACCGUCGUCUCGCUUCCGGCCAAGCGAUCGACGGCUUCUCACCGCAGGUCGUCCCGCUUCCAUCACUUUUCUGGACACACCGCGCCGGACGUGAGUCCCGACGACGCUUCCCAGCUGUCGGCCCAGGCCUCCGCGGCACGACGCCGCGCCUCGACGAUGCGGAGGCGCCUGUCGCGUAUGCUCUCCUUCUCCGCGGCAGCCGGGGCGAGGCGCAAGUCCCGCGCAAAAUCCAUCUGCCUGCCGAAGCUGCAGCCCGUUGAGGCGCCUCCAGCCUGGGCGGCGCCGCAUCGAGGCACAAUCACGCGCCGGCUGACGGCACACGAUGCGACCACGGGAGGACAGCGUAGCAGACGCUCAACUGUUGGCGCCACGUUCGGCAUCUCGGAGCCCGCCUCUGUCGCCGUGAGCCGGCGCACGUCACAAGCGUUGGGACGGCUGCCCAAGCCGGCGCUUCGUCAAGAAGCCGCGACUCCCGGUGCUCCCACGCCGACCGCGAUGGGCGGAGCGCCUACGGACUCCGGCAAGUCGGAAGGCGCUAUUCCACUCCGCCUGCGGUCGCUCUCCACUGCGGGCCCGGGGAAGAACGUGGAUGCGACCAAGCAUUCCACGAAGAAGAUGAUCGCACUGAACGCCGUUGCGCCAGUUCUGCCACGAGAGUCGCAAGCUCCAAUCUGGAAGAAUGAGGAACGCCCUGCUCAGCCAACGACGGGCAAGACGUCGCCGAAGUCUGCAAUGAAGGACUCUCGACGCAAAUGUCUGGCUGCCAGGAAGGCCACGCUCAUCGAUCCUCCGCAGCUUGAUGCCAAGUGUGACGUGUCCUCGGUUUCCCUACGACCGCAGCCGCUGCCAGCGGGCAAACGGCGGCAGUCUCUCGCUCCGCCUAGGCCAACCAGCCCAAUGUCCUCAACGUUCGACAGCAGCUCUGUUCAGACGGCACCGAUCAACAAGCGGCUCCGACUGGAACACAAGGGCGCGUCGGCGCUACCGCACGGCCUUCAAGACGCAACAACCACAUUCCAAGGGUCUUCUCAAAAGGAUGCACAACCGGGCCCCGUGCCACAGCCCGUGGAGGAGCAAGGUGCCAUGCAUAUGUCGGCCCAUUUUGCCCCGGAAUUGCUCGCCCUGGACGGUGAUCUCUUGAGGAAGCCGUCGAUACUGAAGCCCGUCAGGGUUACGAUCAGCAGAACCUCGGCAACACCUGAAAGUGAGGAUGGCGCUGCCAAAGAGGCCAUGCGCCAGCGACGCGCGGCGGACUUGGAUGUCCCCACGUCGGCCUCGCAAGGCUCCGACCCGAGGACGCCGGAGCCGUUGCCGUCACGGCCCCGGAUGAUUUCGAUCGCGCCGCGGGUCCAGCUCGUCCAGUGGGAACGCAGCGGCGCGUCGGGCACCACCGACCGAGAAGACUCGCACUCGAGCAACUUGAGUUUUGAUGAGGAGGAGGAAGCCGACAGGAUUAGAGGCAUGUUCAAGCGGCUCAAGAACACCCUCCUGGUAGCCGUGUGCUUCAACUCGGCCUUCGGGGGCAUCUCCAACUUCCUGCUGGGCCCAGCCACGGCUUCUCUCCUGGCAAACCUUCAGAACUCGGACGCCGACGAGCAGGUGAACGCGCUGCAGUGGUGCCUGGUGAACUUCCCGGCGUCAUUGGCUGCUUCGGUUUGCUCCUUCUUCUACGUCAUCUACGCAGGCCUGUUCAGCUGGGAGGGUGAAGCCAUCAAGCGAGCCGAGGAAGAUGCCCGGCAGAAGGUCGCCGAAAGGUGGAAGAGGCAAGGAAAGUGCAGCUACGCAGAUCUCCUGCUCGGCUAUAUGUUCACUGCCUUCAGCAUCUUUUAUGUCUCCUGGUCCUAUGCAACUGCCUACGACGUGUGCGCGACGCUUCCGGCAUUAUGCGGCACGGUGCUUCUGCUGAGUGCGCUGCCUAGUGGUCAGGACCAGCGUUCAUGGGAAAGCGGGCGUCGGAUCCUGGACUGGGACACGGUGCGCAGUCAUGUGUCUUGGACACUGCUGCUGGUCUGCGGAUCCACCUCCAUGCUCUCCCAGAUGGCCGAGCGCCAUAACCUGGUCAGGGCGGUGUUCGACAACGUGGACAUGGCCUUCUGGAAAGCGCGCUCUCCCGUCACCAUCCAGCUGCUGAUGGCCUUCACGGCGGCAGGCUUCGCCGAGCUCAUCAACAGUAUGCCGCUCUGCAACCUCAUCAUGCCGGUGGUAUUUGAGAUCGCUUCGGUCUCCACCACCAACCCCGUGCUGUACGCGAUUCCCGUGGCGGCCGCGGCGUCGUCGAACCUCAUCUUCCCGUCGAGCAUUCCUGUCGUCAUCCUGAGGAACUCUCUCGAAAUGCGUACAAGCGAAGCGGUGGUGGUAGGCCUGGUGCUCAAAGCCGUCCUGGUUGUGUCGGCGGUGUUGUCCACUAACACGGUGGGCCGCCUUCUUUUUGAGGCCAAAAGCAAGCGCUUGGAAUCGACAAUGCCAAGCGUAACCACCCUUAUGCUCAACGCGAGCCUCACCGCCGCUCCAUUCGAGUGACGGCGUCGGCUUCAGCCGCACAGUGCCGACCGAGUCGGGUCGACUCUGUGCGCUCACGGAUAAGGUGCCAAUAAGGACACGAAUUUUCUCUCACCUUUUUUAAUGACGGUUUAAAGUGAGUUGAAUCGUUUUGUGACUGUGACAGUGAGCAACAGGACGCCUAAUGUGAUAGUGACGAAGUGUACGUGGUAGCGUGUUCCCUCUCACGACGUGAUGUUUAUUUUUCGACCUGUACUGGACCCGUUGUGCAUCUCCACGCCGCUUGGGUGAUAUUGGCUGUUCAUCUGCAGUGGCAUGAUAUUCCUGCCGAACAGUUCCCAAGAAAACGCCCGGAAAGGCUGCCUUUAAGAUUAUUUUUUUCACCGUGAGUGACCGAUGUAGUCUCAUGAAUGCUUUUCUAAUUGCGCUAUUUUUUUCACGUUGUGUGCGAGUAUCACAUUAGCAUAUUACUUUCAUAUAACUGUGGUGCACUUUCCGUUGCUAUGUCUACCAUCAAUGUCUCGUGUACGAGUCCUCCGACAAUUUCAAUGUGUAUUGUAGGUGAACAACUUAUUGAGCUGCCCGCCGUAAGUAAUUAGAAGGCGAUGAAAGUGCAAAGGACCAUGACUGCUCCGCCGAAACCAAGGUAACACCAAAGCUGUUGUUUGCUAGGUGAUCUCAGACUUCGGCAAUUUUCUGGUGGUGUAGGCAGCUCGAAGGCUCAUUGGUAGACGUAUUACAGUAUGCGGGUUCGUUACCAAAGGGUAAAUCUUCUAAUUUUCGCGGACUACUUGACGCGCAUGUCCCAGAAUUAAAGCCCGUACAGUCAUAUAUGAGAACAUAAAUUGGUGAUUGAA